ACCUGCAUAAAGCUUGGAAGCUGCACUUUCCAACUCAUUUUGAAAACAAAUGUUGUCCCGCUUGGUUGUCCCUCUAACUCUCUCGGCAGAGCACGCAGCACGCCCACAAACAAACACAGCGCGCUGGCUUGAAAGAUCAUUAAAUUUUCGUUCUCAGGAAUAAGUUGGGAUUAUGACCUAUUGAACCUCACGAGACCACCGUGAUCUGAUGCUGCUUUAUUCAGAACGUGACGCAUGUUACACGUGUUAUUUAUUGAAGUUUGGAAAGAGUUAACUAAGACUGCGAUUAUUUUGGGCAAAAUAUAUAUAAAAGUUCUUAAUAUUUCAGAUCAAAACUCAGCCGAGCUGGACAUCCUGAGGUUACAGUCAACUCUUUGAAGAAUAAACGAAGAGGCCAGGAGAAGCCUGCUGCUAACGUGAAAAAGCCCAGGAAGGCAGAAGUUAAUUUCUGUCCAAGCAUGCCCAGUGGUGAAAAAAGAGAGAGUAUGGAGGCAAAAAGAGUGGCUUUACUGACAGAAGUAAAAAAGAAGAAAAAAUAUGAGGCUGAGAUCAAGAAAAUGAUGCAGCAUACUUUUUCAAGGAGGCAGGAGGUUCUUCAGGAGCCAGCAAUUGCAGAGUUUGUAGACAGAUGGCCGGCACUUUUUGACAUCUGUGAGAUCAACUUUGAAUUUAUGCGACUGACAACUGUACCUCUGACCUCCAAAUUCCUUGGAGAACUGGACUGUCACUCUGGCAAACUGAUAGAGAUUUUUAAUGCCAAAGGUGGUGCUGCAGGAAGAAAGAUCAGCGCCAUAAUGGCCCAGAUGAAUAAUAAUGAAGAUGUCAAUGUGAGGCGAGAUUGUGUGAUGAGCUGUCUGAGCAUCUAUCUCAAUGAAGACCUGGACACACUUGUUAAAGAAUAUGUGGUAAAUGGUGGUAGAGCUGUCACUCUGAGGGAAUUAAAUCCGCUUGGUCCAGAGGAACCUGAAGAUGAAGUUGUCCGGGUUCUGGCACCCACAUGCCCCUUCUCCGCCAGAAACAACAAUCCUCGCCAAAACAACAAGGAUGCAUGUUCUGGACUGUCUGCUUACGAACUCAAGCGCCUUGAGAACAUCGCGCAAAAGGAAGCCUUUUUGUCGUCUCUGAAGAUAUGGCAAGUAGUGGAGGAUCUGAGGCAGUCAGUGAAGCCAAAGCCCAAUGCCAAAAGGUUAACGGCUUCAUUGGAAGAAAAAUCUCUGCAGUCUCCCCGGAAAUCCCUCCGUUCUAAAACAGAAAACCUCACCCCAAGUGAAGGGUUGACCCAUAAUCAAGACAUUGAAUCCAGAGAGGCAGAGGAAGACAUGGCAGGAAAGACCAUGGGCAUCUACAAAGUACAAUCAGAGGAUCAUGGUCAAGGUGAUGGACGCUUCACUGAUGUCCGUGUUGUGCUGGAAGGUGUGGAGGUUCUCCACAACCUGCAGAGUGUCACUCAUGCAUGCGUUAUGUUAUAUGGCCUGAUCUACGCGCUCAAUUUGAACUACCCUAAAAGCCUGAAGUGUACAUUUGAGGUGUACCAAAAAAUCCUGAUGGACCUGGACUCAACCAAGCUUUCCCCGAAAGUACAGACACUGGACUGAAAAUGGAUCUCGGAGUACAGUUUUAUUUUUUAUUUAUUUAUUUUUUAGGGUGUCCAAGCAGUCAUGUGAUGUUCGAGUGUGGCUGUGUAAGUGGGUUCAUAUGGAUGGUUUCCUAAAUGUUGGCUGAUGUUAACUUGGCUCAAUCCAGAGUUUUGUAUCAGACAAAUAUAAAUAAAUCUGGAAUUUUCCAGUUGGUCUAUUUCAA